ACGCUCCACUUCCCACAUUAUACAGUCUGUUCUGCGUCUCUACCGCACUAUGGUCCGAUAUAGAGAAAGAGCGUGUCUUGAAUGAGAUGAAACACAACAAUAGUGAGUGAGUGAGUGAGAGUGACGGAGCACUGGGAUCGGGAGAGCCGGCGGAAGGGUUUGGAAGCGUCCGGGCAUUUUCCCUGCGAGCGGAAGGAGACGCACGGACUCACUGAAACACUGAAACAAUCAAAUCGAUGAAAAACCGCAACGGAGAAUCAACGCGAAGAAUCCGAAUCCCAGACACACGCAGCCGGAGCGAUGCGAGCGAAGCGGCGCGGCUGAGCGUUGAAGAUGUGUGCCGCACUACAGAGUCUCUUACUGUGUACUUUGUGUUUGCAGAUACGGGGCCUGCCGCUGCUUCUGUACGCUAACCGGCGUGACCUGCGCUUGGUGGACGCGGCUCACGGGCGAGCGAACGCUACGGUGGUGAUGGGCGGCCUGGAGGACGCGGCGGCGCUGGAUUACGUGUUCGCGCAGGAUCUGAUCUACUGGAGCGACGUGAGCGAGGAGUCCAUCAAACGCACGCGCUUCAACGGCUCCACGCCAAGCGGCGCUCCCUCCACCGUCGUGUCCAACCUAGCCUCCCCCGACGGCCUGGCCUGCGACUGGAUCGGGAACAAGCUCUACUGGACCGACUCCGAGACCAACCGGGUGGAGGUGUCGGAGCUGGACGGCGCGCACCGGAAGGUGUUGUUCUGGCAGGACCUGGACCAGCCGAGGGCCAUCGCUCUGGACCCGGCGCGCGGGUUCAUGUACUGGACGGACUGGGGCGAGGUGCCGAAGAUCGAGCGCGCGGGGAUGGAUGGGACUCUCCGCUCUGUGAUCAUCGACUCCGACAUCUACUGGCCCAACGGCCUCACACUCGACUACACACACACACAGCAGAAGCUCUACUGGGCCGACGCCAAGUUCAACUUCAUCCACCGCUGCAACCUGGACGGGUCCGGCAGGGAGGUGGUGGUGAAGGGCUCGCUGCCGCACCCGUUCGCGCUGACGCUGUACGAGGACACACUCUUCUGGACCGACUGGAACACACACUCCAUCCACUCCUGCCACAAACACACGGGCCAGAACAGCCGAGAGGUCCACACCAACAUCUUCUCCCCCAUGGACAUACACGUCUACAGCCAGAAGCGCCAGCAGAUCGACAUGACGAGUCCCUGCGCGCUGAACAACGGAGGAUGUUCUCAUCUCUGUCUGCUGUCUCCGGUCAAGCCGUAUUAUCAGUGCGCCUGUCCAACAGGAGUCCGACUACUGGACGACAACAAGAGCUGCAGAGACGGACCCACUCAGCUGCUGCUUCUGGCCCGGCGCACAGACCUGCGGCGCAUCUCUCUGGACACGCCGGACUUCACCGACAUCGUUCUCCAGGCGGAGGACAUCCGGCACGCCAUCGCCAUCGACUACGACCCGGUGGACCGGCACCUGUACUGGACCGACGACGAUGUGCGCGCCAUCCGCCGGUCUGAGCUCGACGGCAGCGACCCGCGGGUCCUGGUGACCUCGCAGGUCAACCACCCCGACGGCAUCGCGGUGGACUGGAUCGCUCGCAACCUGUACUGGACGGACACCGGCACGGACCGCAUCGAGGUGACCCGGCUCAACGGCACCAUGAGGAAGAUCCUGAUCUCCGAGGAGCUGGACGAGCCCAGAGCCAUCGUGCUGGACCCCGUCGCCGGGUACAUGUACUGGACGGACUGGGGUGAGGUGCCGAAGAUCGAGCGCGCGGCUCUGGACGGGUCGGAGCGGCUGGUUCUGGUCAACACGUCUCUCGGCUGGCCCAACGGACUGGCGCUCGAUUACACCGAGAGGAAGAUCUACUGGGGCGACGCCAAGACCGACGUCAUCGAGGUGAUGGAGAUGGACGGCUCGGGCCGGCGGGUUCUGGUGGAGGAGAACCUCCCGCACAUCUUCGGGUUCUCUCUGCUGGGAGACUUCAUCUACUGGACGGACUGGCAGCGGCGCAGCAUCGAGCGCGUGCACAAGACCAGCCUGGAGCGAGAGGUCAUCAUCGACCAGCUGCCCGACCUCAUGGGCAUCAAGGCCACCUACGUCACGCAGACCUUUGGUGUGAACCCGUGUGCGCUGGCGAACGGCGGCUGCAGUCACCUGUGCCUGUAUAAGCCCCAGGGUGUGUCGUGCGCGUGUCCCAUCGGGCUCGAGCUCAUGUCGGACCUGAGCUCCUGCAUCGUCCCCGAGGCCUUCCUCCUGUUCUCGCGGCACACCGACAUCCGCCGCAUCUCGCUCGAGACGCACAACAACAACGUGGCCAUCCCCCUCACCGGCGUCAAGGAGGCGUCCGCGCUCGACUUCGACAUCACCGACAACCGCAUCUACUGGACCGACAUCACGCUGAAGACCAUCAGUCGGGCCUUCAUGAACGGCAGCGCUCUGGAGCACGUGGUGGAGUUCGGCCUGGACUAUCCCGAGGGAAUGGCGGUGGACUGGCUGGGCAAGAACCUGUACUGGGCCGACACCGGGACCAACCGCAUCGAGGUGGCCAAACUGGACGGGCAGCACCGACAGGUUCUGGUGUGGAAGGACCUGGACAGCCCUCGAGCCCUGGCACUGGACCCAGCCGAGGGCUUCAUGUACUGGACUGAGUGGGGUGGGCGGCCGAAGAUCGACCGGUCUGCGAUGGACGGUUCUGGACGCCUCACGCUGGUGCCGAACGUGGGCCGAGCGAACGGACUGACCAUCGACUACGCGGAGCGCCGGCUGUACUGGACCGACCUGGACACCACGCUCAUCGAGUCCUCCAACAUGAUGGGUCUGGAGCGCGAGGUGAUCGCCGACGACCUCCCGCACCCGUUCGGACUCACCCAGUACCAGGACUACAUCUACUGGACGGACUGGAGCCAGCGCAGCAUCGAGCGCGCCAACAAGACCAGCGGGCAGAACCGCACCGUCAUACAGGGGCACCUGGACUACGUCAUGGACAUCCUGGUGUUCCACUCGUCGCGUCAGGCCGGCUGGAACGCCUGCGCCGCCACCAACGGCCACUGCUCGCAUCUGUGCCUCGCCGUGCCGGUGCGCGGCUUCGUGUGCGGCUGCCCCGCGCACUACUCGCUCAACCACGACAACAAGACCUGCAGCGCGCCCACAUCAUUCCUGCUGUUCAGCCAGAAGACGGCCAUCAACCGCAUGGUGAUCGACGAGCUGCAGAGUCCCGACAUCAUCCUGCCCAUCCACAGCCUGAGGAACGUGCGCGCGCUGGACUACGACCCGCUGGACCGACACCUGUACUGGAUCGACUCCAAGCAGAACCUCAUCCGCCGCGCGCAGGAGGACGGCAACCAGAGUGUGACGGUGGUGUCCGGUGGCCCAAGUCUCGGCCUCCAGCCCUUUGACCUCAGCAUCGACGUCUACAGCCGCUUCAUCUACUGGACCAGCGAGGUCACCAACGUCAUCAACGUCACGCGGCUCGACGGCUCGCGGGUUGGGGUGGUGCUGCGCGGAGAACACGACAAGCCCCGUGCCAUCGUGGUCAACCCUGAGCGAGGGUACAUGUACUUCACGAACCUGCAGGAGCGCUCGCCGAAGAUCGAGCGGUCGGCGCUGGACGGGACGGAGCGAGAGGUUCUGUUCUUCAGCAAUCUGGGCAAGCCGGCCGCGCUGGCCAUCGACAACGAGCUGGCCAAACUCUUCUGGGUCGACAUGGACCUGCGGCGCAUCGAGAGCAGCGACCUGUCCGGAGCCAAUCGGAUCGUGAUCGAGGACUCGAACAUCCUGCAGCCGGUGGGCCUGACGGUGUUCGGGAGCUUCCUGUACUGGAUCGACCGGCAGCAGCAGAUGAUCGAGCGCAUACACAAGGUCACGCGCGACGGACGGACCAAGAUCCAGGCGCGCAUCGCGUCUCUGAGCGACAUCCACGCCGUACACCAGCUCGACAUCCAGGAGUACAAUAAACACCCCUGCACGUCUGAUAACGGCGGCUGCUCUCACAUCUGUAUCGUGAAGGGAGACGGAACCACUCGCUGCUCGUGUCCCGUCCACCUGGUGCUGCUGCAGGACGAGCUCUCCUGUGGAGAGCCGCCCACCUGUUCCCCGGAGCAGUUCUCGUGUGUGUCGGGCGAGGUGGACUGCAUCCCUCAGGCGUGGCGCUGCGACGGCUUCGCGGAGUGUGACGACAGCAGUGACGAGCGCGAGUGUCCGGUGUGUUCGGACGAGGAGUUCCAGUGCGACAGCCGGCAGUGUGUGCAUCUCUCGCUGCGCUGCAACGGCGACGUCGACUGCCAGGACCGCUCCGACGAGAGCAAGUGUGAGGUUUUCUGUCCCAUGGAUCAGUUCACCUGCGCUAACGGCCAGUGCAUCGGCCGGCACAAGAAGUGCGACCACAACACCGACUGCACGGAUAACUCGGACGAGAUCGGCUGCUACGCGACGGAGGAGCCGGCGUUUCCCCCCAGUAACACCAUCGGCUCGAUCGUGGGCGUGGUGCUGGUGCUGUUCGUGGUGGGCGCCGUGUACUUCGUGUGCCAGCGAGUGCUGUGUCCUCAGAUGAAGGACGACGGCGAGACCAUGACCAACGACUUCGUGGUCCACGGGCCCUCCACGGUGCCUCUGGGAUACGUGCCUCACCCCGGCUCUCUGAGCGGCUCGCUGCCAGGCAUGUCUCGGGGGAAGUCUGUGAUUGGCUCGCUGAGCAUCAUGGGAGGCAGCAGUGGGCUGCCGUACGACCGCGCUCAUGUGACCGGCGCCUCGUCCAGCAGCUCGUCCAGCACCAAGGGCCCGUUCUUCCCUCCGAUCCUGAACCCGCCCCCGUCUCCGGCCACCGUGAGGUCUCAGUACACCGUGGAGCUGGGCUACUCGUCCAACAGCCCGUCGACGCACCGCUCGUACAGCUACAGGCCGUACAGUUACCGACACUUCGCCCCGCCGACGACGCCGUGCAGCACAGACGUGUGUGACAGCGACUACACGCCAGGCCGCCGGGCUCCGCCCACAUCCACGGCUGCUAAGGGCUACGCUAGCGACGUGAACUACGACUCGGAGCCACUGCCACCGCCGCCCACACCGCGCAGCCAGUACCUGUCGGCGGAGGAGAACUGCGAGAGCUGCCCACCCUCGCCCUACACCGACCGCAGCUACUCACACCACCUGUACCCGCCCCCGCCCUCGCCCUGCACAGACUCGUCCUGAGCACAGGCCCCGCCCCUCGACCCAGACCCCGCCCUGCAGACUCAUCCUGAGCCCCGCCCCCAUCACGUGUAAAUAUCCGUCUGGAGACUUGCGUCGGGUCUGGCGGCUCCCUGUACAUUUUUUAAAAGAAAAGAAAACAUAUUUAUAUAUUUUCUAUACAGUGUUUAUUGGUUACGCCAUAGAGCUUUGUAUUAAAAGAAAUUUGUACAUUUUUUUUUUUUUUUUUUAAAGAGGAAGAUUUAUUAAAUCCACACAGACGUGAUGCGUUGCCUUAAUCCUGGAGUCCUGAAUCAAACGCUCACCCAAUGCCAAAUCCCCGCAGCGCCCCCUGCAGGCCUGGAGCAGCACACACUGUGAGCCACUCGCCGCCAACACACGCUACUCCUAUUUUUCUACUGUUUUCUCCGGAGCGCCGGCCCUGAGCUCGCGUCACGGCUCCUCGUGCCUGAGCGUUUUUUACAGCCAUUUUUCACUUUUUUAAAUCUCAGUGCCCACAAAAGCUCGACUAUUUUUGUACCACAUACUGUGUAGAUACUGUAUUUAUAAGCUAGCAUCAUCAUGUCCUUCAGUGCUGCUGUCGUCCUGUCUCGUCCCGUCAGUACAGCACGGUGUGUGUGUGUGUGUGUGUGUGUGUGUGUGUGCGUGCAGACGCUCUCCUCUCUCCAGCGCUGGUGUGUGUGUGUGUGUGUGUGUGUGUGUGUGUGCAGACGCUCUCCUCUCUCCAGCGCUGGUGUUCAGCCCGUCGCAGCUUCAGGACAAUCAUGAAUGUGUGUCAAACAGCUGUUCCAAAUCUCAAUCCUGUUCUGCAAGGGCUUCUGGGUAACGCCACGUUUUUAGUUCCUUUAUGAUUCUGCUCACACCAGCAUUUCCGUUUUCUUAACUGCACUUUACAGGAGCGGUUCAGUGUGUGUGUGUGUGUGUGUGUCGGUCCGCCGGGGUUCGAACUCUCGCCACUGAACGCUUCAUGUUUCUGUGGAGAGCGUCACGGGUCAGACGUCGUUGCUGGAAUUGUGGGAGAAAUGUCUAAAGCACUUUUGAAGGAGUGAGCAGGAUUGAUUCGCCACAGAAUCUCGUCAUUAUUCAUGUUUUAUUUCGAUUCUUUGCGAGGAUGUGUUCAAAGGUGACCAACAUUUGGUUUCUCAUCAUGAAAUUUCCACUAUCUCGAGUUUUUGUACAUUGAACAUGCUUUACUUGUAAAACAUUGUAUAAAACAGAUGUGUACAGCUCAUUCAGUCACGCCUAUAAGCUGUUGUAACAAAUGAAAUGAAUUUUUUUUUAAUAAAACUGAGUGAACUUUUACAUUUAAAA